AUGGGGUCCGUCACCGGAAUUGUGGACGCGAAUCUUGCUCCAGAUAGUUCUAAGGGCGCUUUACCCACAUCUGUGUCCCUCGAGACUGAUGUUCGAAGUCAAAGGAAGACGUUUUCAGCCUACCAACACACAAUUUACAUGAACGGAGUUCGCGAUGUUCUCCCCAAUCUGACUACCAACCCAAAUAACUGGGAGGCGGCAGCAAAAGCUGUCAUGGAGCCCAGAGAUUUCGACUAUGCAAAGGGAGGUGCUGGGGCUGGCGAGACAGUCCAAAGAAACCGGGAGGCUUUCCAGAAGUGGAGCAUUAUCCCGCGAAUGGUCAGGGGGAAUACGGAAAGGUCGCUAAAAGUGACCAUACUCGGACAGGAGUGGCCUUCCCCUGUAGCUAUUGCCCCGGUCGGCGUCAAUAAGAUAUUCCAUGCCGAUGGAGAAACCGGCAUCGCCCGCGCAGCAGGGACACUCGGUAUCCCCUACGCUCUCUCAACAUUCGCCUCCGAAUCUCCAGAGGACGUUGCAGCAGCUCAGGACUCUACAUGCAAAGACGGGCCCGCAAUCCGCUGGCUCCAACUCUACUGGCCUCAGUCAGUCGACCAGGAUGUCACGCGCUCGAUUCUCAAGCGUGCCAAAGAUGCGGGCUAUACGGCGCUUGUCAUCACCCUUGACAUUUUCUCUAUGAGUUGGAGACCCAUGGACUUGGAUAAUGCAUACUUACCCCUUUAUAAGGGGGCAAGCACAGCAUUGGGUUUCACAGACCCCGUCUUCCGCCGGAAGUUCCGCGAGAGAUACGGACACGAGGUUGACGAUGACGUGCUGAAGGGUGCUUUGGAGUGGGAAAAUACCAUUUUCCCAGACAUGGCUCAUUCCUGGCACGAGCUAGAAUGGCUUCGCCAAAAUUGGGACGGGAAAAUCCUAGUAAAAGGCAUCCAGCACGCGACCGACGCCGAGCUCGCCGUGCAGGCAGGCGUUGACGGAAUUAUCGUUUCGAACCACGGAGGCAGACAAUACGACGGAGCGCAAGGCUCUCUGGAAGCUCUACAAGAAGUUGCGCUUGCGGUCGGGGACCGAACCGAAGUACUAUUCGACAGCGGCAUCCGCACUGGCGCAGACAUCACGAAGGCCCUAGCGCUAGGCGCGAAAGCCGUAUUUGUUGGCCGACCGGUGGUGUACGGGUUAGGCGCCAGGGGCCAAGAAGGUGCCUUGCAUGUUCUCCGAUGCUUGCUUGCGGAUCUGGAAAUCAACCUUGCGAUAACAGGCGUACGCAAUGUGACGGAUCUGAAGCCGGACAUGCUGCGCCGGAAUGCCUAG